AUGCUGACGCUCGGGUUACGGCUGGCGGUGCUGGCGACGGUGCUGCAGGCGGCGUCGGCGGGGCUCGCCGAGUACGACGAGUCGCUCAUCCUUCAGUUUCCUCAACCGAUCCAUCGCCCUCGAUGACAUCACUGGAAAGUGUCGUGAAAGCCUUGGCAGGGUUCGUUUUUUUGAGAUUAAAAUAAUAAAUUUCGUAAUGGUUACUUGGACCUCAGUAACGCAAACGGAACGCGCUCCGUCUGUUUCUGAAGUAAUUACUUAGGGGUUUGGACGCCGCUAAAGUGAUCACUGUUGCUGUUAAGAAAGGCAGUUUAUCUAUGCUAAAAAAAAGUCAGUAAAGUGAAGCAAAUAUAUAUAUGUUUUUAGAAUUAUUUUAAAUAAAUCCGAAAAUUUUUUUGCCAAGUAAAACUUCUUCGCUCGAAAGACUUUCCUUUCUAGUUUUUUUCCAACUCCCUAAGAAAGAAAAAAACGAAAAAAACCUAUUACUUUUCUGCAAGAGAACAACUGUUUGGCGAACUGUUAUCUGAUGUUGGAUCCUACUUUUCUUUAGAUUAAUUGAUUAUCAAAACGAGAACCUCGAAAGAAAUGAAAACAUUUUUUUAAAAAGACAAAGACUUGCAGUUUUUGAUGGGUCAUCAAAAACUUUACACUCUUUUCUCUUUGACCUUUUUAUUGGAUGGGAAAUGGUUUCUUCUUUCUUCGAGAGAAAAGAAAAAUGACCAAACUUUUCAGGUCCAUCAAUACUUGAACGACUUCGACACGUUGGAAGAGCAAAAGAUCUGCUACUUCGAGUCGUUUGCCACUGGUAUGAUGUACAAACAAGGGAAAACGAGCUUCUUUUUUCGUUUUCAGGCCCAAACAACUUGUUCCUGUCUCGCGACCAAGACCGUUGGGUGUACAAAGGUUUGUGGUUUAUGUACGUGUUAUGAGAAACGAAUGGUAUUGAGAAGAGAAAGUUUUCGAGGAAGCCUUUUAUGGAAAGUUUUCUCCGGCUUCUCGUAGAUCGGAUUUUUUACAAUUGAUCCGAAAAAAAGAGGGACCUAGAGUCCACUUGAGUGGUGCCAUUGCCUUUUUAAUGGCUUCCUCUUCCAGGAGUUUUCUCAUUUCGUCCAAGAAAAAGGUGGAAAAAAUGAAAAAUAAUCCAGUGGUCCCUAAAGUGAUACCAUCGACUUGACUGUUACUUCAAUCCUAAUCUCUGACCACAAAAGUUCCAAUUUUAUCUCAGAAAGAGCUUGAAAAAUCAUGAGAAGUUUAGUGAUCGUUUAAGGGUUCAUUUGAUUGAAAUGAAGUCUUGCAAGUGCCAGCAGUGCAUGAGAUAAAGGUUAUAUGACUACAUUUUUUUUCAAAUCGAUACUUUUCCUCUCGAAACAGAGAGAAAAGACAUUCUACUUUCCCUUUUUUUGUUGUGAAAAAUUCAUUUUUUCCAGGCUACGAAUGCCUGCUCUCAGCCGGAGAGACGGUCUACUCGAAAAGCGAGCACCCGAUGCACUACUGCUACACGCACGACGACGACAAGGACAAGGACGUGCCGGCAUUUUCCGUCUGUAUCCCUUCGCCGUGCGCCGACGACAAUCUCAAGGUUCGCAUCGCCAAGUAACAGCCCAAAAUAACACUACUUUGAAGUCAAAAAACAAAAUGCGCUAACAAGAUGGUCCCUUAGAUGAGCCUUGAAAGUUUUUUGGACCUGUUUUCAAACUUUUUUCCGAAAUUCCAAGUUCUUUUUAACUACGUUUGGUGGAGAAAGAAGAUAGUGGUUGAAGUUCUUCUAAGGAUCAAAAAAAAAAAUUAAAACUCGCAAAAAACAUUAAUCUUCUUAUCUAAAACGCCAUUUCAAAAAUAUUUAUCGCUCUAAAUUUACAGCUCCUAAAAGAAUGGAGGAGAAUGACGAGACCCGAAGCCAGUCAAGAGAUCACUUUCACCGCCUGUACAAGGUCUCGACAUGAAAAGCAAUGGUAAUUUUUUUUGUUCAACUUCUCUUUGUAAAACUAAUAGACUCAAGGUUCGAGCUGCCAGUUCCAAUAGCUGACUUUGGCUUCAAUAUUCUGCUCAUCAUGUUCAUCUUCAUGGCCACGAUAUUUCAUCAUCAACGAGGAAACAACGCCAAGUAAUCAUUUUAAUUAAACAUUUAAUAAAUUGUAGCCUAAUAACCUCUAGUUUGUCAAAUUAAAAAAAAUAGCCUUUUGACGCCAUGCUUAGUCAUAAAAUAUCAUUAGAACUAAUAUUAAACAAUAAAUUUCCAGAUCCUGGCCAGCCAAACUUCUCCUCGCCUUCUCGGCAAAGACAAACUUGAGAAAACUCAUCGACUUGCCCAAGGAUCCUCAAGUAAGGCUUGAAAAAAUUUUUUUUAUUAAAAACUACUAGUCUGAACCUAAAUGAAAAUUUUUUCAAAGAGAACAGACUUUUUUCAACUUUGAAAGUUCACAAUUUUUUAAUGAUCUUUUUGAAUCAGAGAUUCAGCAUCAGAGUGAAAAACUGCAUGAGAGCUCAGAACUUAUAAGAAAUCACAUUCAGAAAUAAUUUAUUUUCUAAUUUUUCAGGCCUGCAUCACCUGCAUGUUCGGCCUUCGUUUCCUCUCAAUGGUCUGGACUCUCAUCGGACAUUCUUUCAUUUUUUUGUCCAGGUAUUUUUUUGUAUUUAUUAACUUUUUUUGUCAAAAUAUGAAGUUUUAGGCUUAUUUGGGCAACGUGGAAGAGUUCAAAGAGGCGAUGGUGAACAACUUUUUUAACCAGUGGAUCACCAACUUCACCUUGUCUGUUGACGUUUUCUUGGUUCUCGGUGGAACUGUCCUGUCAUACAGUUGGUUCCGGAAAUGGCUCAAAAACACGACAGGUACUUUUUUUCUCUUGAAGCAGGAAAAUUCAAAAGGUUAUAAGAGUUCGAAGUUUAAAAAAAUUUCAAGUUCAACCAUGUAAGUAGAGAAACGCCAAAUAAAUAACUGCAUUAUUAUCUGUUUUGGAAGCCUCUAGAGUCUAGGGGCUUGAAAGAACAUGUUUCAAUUUUGAACUAACGAAUGCUGAAAACAGCUUUCUAACGACACGCAUGUUCAAAACAGUGCUACGGCGGCCGGUGGCCGGUCAAUAUUGCGCCGUAAGUUUCGGAGCCAGGAAAUUUUUUAAACUUUUUUUUUGUUUGCAAUUUGUUAAGGACCUAUUUCUCGAGGUUACAAGAUAAUUUACAAGUUACAAAAUAACUCGUACGAGACCUUCAUGAAGUUUACCGAAAUUAAAAAAACAAAACUUUCAGAAGAAGAGCCUACCUGGACUUCUUUCGGUUAUUGGCUUCGAUUCUACCGCCACAGGGUCGUCCGUCUUUACCCAGCCUACAUUUACGCCCUGGUUGCUGUCACUUUACGUAUUUCAGUGAGUUCAUUCUAAUAAAUAUUUUACAACGUUUAACAAAUCUAGAUCACUCACUUCCAUCCAAUGUGGCCGCCAACUGAUCCAGCCGUCCAAUGUCCCAAAUAUUGGUACGAGAACGUCCUGUUUAUCAACAGCUUAUCGAACAACCGCUGCAUGCCCUGGACCUGGUAAUUUUAUCAUUAUAAAAAAAUCAGCAGGAAUUGUUGAGAAAUAAUAUAAAGAAAAUAAAAAAUUGAAAAAAAGCUUUUGACUGCGCUCUCCAUGGAGCGAACUUAACAGCAAACCAAAAAUUCAUUUUAUUUUCGACAAAUGUAAAUAUUCAAUUUUCUUCGUUUGAACAAUCUUUUUAAGCAUUAUUUUAGUGAAUUUUAUGCUUUACUAAAAAGAAAGCCUAUUCCAUGCACUGGAACCUUCCACUCUUUAAGAUGCGUAGGAAAAUAGCUAUUUCCUAUUUUGAAAUCGAAGAUCUCCACUCCAAUUUUUUCUCUUAAAGCUUCUUCUUGAUUUUUCUCAAGUUAAUCUUUCACAGGUACAUUGGCACGGAGUUCAUCUACUACGUUCUAUCACCAAUUUUCCUUCUUUCUCUUCGACAAAAGCCGAAGUUCGGAUUUGUAAGUUUCUUUCGCUUUUUCUAUAAUUUUCAUUUAUCGAUCUAAAGUUCGUUUUUCACUCAUUUUUUUUUCAGAUUUUAUGCAUCGCUGUGAUACUUCUAUCGGCCGGUCUUAACGUCGAGUCGAUUAUCCGCAACAACUUCCCGCCAACGCAAUUCUUAUGGAAACAACCAGAGAUUUUCAAUCCAAACUUUAUUCAGGUUUUUUUUCUGAGGUUUUCAAAUUUCAAGAGGGAGAUUCAGCACCACAUCGAGUUGUAUAUCAAGCCUCAGUUCCGCAUCGGUCCAUACAUAAUCGGAAUUUUGCUGGGCUAUCAACUGGCUCGAUAUCAGAGGGUUCCAGUUAAGACAGAGCGCUCCGCCAAGACUCUUUGUGAGCUUUUUCAUUCUUUUUUUCAAAAUAUGUUGUUGAUUUUGCUCAGCUUUGUGUUGGGUCGGAGGAAUCGCCUGCAUUUUCGCCGGUCUCUAUGGUCUGUAUCCUUCGCUGCAAGGCUGGAACUGGCCAAUUUAUCACAUUGUCUAUGGAGCCAUUCACAGGUUGGACUUAGAUAUUGGAAAAACUUUGAUCACUAUGAUAACUUAAUAGCCUAGAAUCGUUGCGAAGAAACCUCCUUUUUUUCUGAUUUUUUGCACCUCUCUUUCAAAAUAGUUCUUAAAUUUGCUUAUUCCUUUCUAAAACUUUUUUUUUCAGAGACGUUUUCGCGGUCGGAAUCGCCUGGGUAAUCUACGCUUGUCACACCGGAGCCGGUGGUUUCAUCAACACUUUCUUGUCCUCCAACUGGUUCUUGCCUCUGUCGAACCUCUCCUUCUCGGUUUUCGAAGAUCAAAAGUACUCCCAAAUCACCAAAUGUCUCAAUUUCCAGGCCUACCUGUUCCACAUGAUCCCCGUGGUCCUGACUUACAUGCUGGUCCCGUUCCCGAUCUAUUUCAAUUGGCAGCUGCCGCUUUUCGUGCACUGUUUUGUCCAGCUGCUCAUCACCUACGUCAUGGCGAUCAUCUGCACGAUGGUCGCCGAGUAUCCGUCGUUGAACAUCGAACGGCUUCUGCUGGCCCAUCCUCGCGGCAACACCGCCACCAUGCUCAAGCCGGUUCCCACGUCUGAAUCUGAGAUCCAGCUCAAGCCCAACUCUUCACCCAAUAUUUGA